AUGAAGAAAUAUGGUUAUGAUAAACUAGCAAAUGCAACUGGUUUUUUCAACGGCAACCGCCUCCUUGGCGAAGGUGGUUUUGGUCAAGUCUUUAAGGGAAAAUUAGAUGGUGAAGUUGUUGCUAUCAAGAAACUUAAAAUAAUAAAGCUGGAAAAUAAAUGGGAGGAGGGUGAGUUCCUUAGCAGUGUAAGACACCCAAAUAUUGUUAAGAUGAUUGGGCACUGCAGUGAGGGAAAAAAUAGAUUGCUUGUUUUAGAGUUUGUUCCUAAUAAGACCUUGACAUAUCAUUUACAUGGCCAACCUCAAAUUAUACAUCGAGAUAUCAAAGCAGAUAAUAUUCUUCUUGAUUAUAAUUUUGAACCAAAGGUGGCAGAUUUUUCGCUCGCUAAUUUUUUGCCAAAUACCGAUGGUGUUACUCACAUCACUACCAUAAUUAAGGGAACUAGCGUGUAA